AUGAUGAAUCCGCCGCUGAUACUAAGAACAAGGCUCCAAUGGCUGAUGAGAUGGUUAUGGAACAGCACCACCGGGAAGAUCAGCCCACUGAUCACCAGAAACCCAGUCAAGUACUCCAGAAACUCCUUGACUGCAGCCUCCGGGUUCGAGUCCGACAAAAAGUCCGCCUCGUACGCACUUGAAAGCGAUUGGGCUAGCGCAUUGGGAAGGGGCGCAAUGAGAAAGAUCCCCACGUCGAUCAACGGCAGCCAAUUGUCAAACAACGCGCAACUCAAAAUGAUGUUGAGAAACCCAAUUGCUAUAAGGAUGCUGAGAAAGAUCAGCUUGCUCAGCGGGUUCAGCUUGAACAUGCUUCUCGAAAAGCUUGAGGGAGUUGGUCUGCAACUCGUCGAACUUGGUCUUGAUUUCCUCAGCGUCGACAGUCUCACCGCCGUUGACCUUGACAACGAUCUCUCUGAGCUCGGAGAUCUGCUUGGUGAUGUUCUCGACCUCGGUGGCGUCGAGCUUCUCCUUGAACUCCUCGAGAGACUUCUCGGUGUCGGCACAGAGCUGGUCGGCCUUGUUGACCUGUUCGAUGGCCUCCUUUCUAGCCUGAUCCUGCUCCUUGAACUUCUCGGCAUCGUUGAUCAUCUUCUCGAUCUCGGAGUCGGAAAGUCCAGAAGAACCGGCAACAGUGAUGGAGUUGUCCUUGCCAGAGGCCUUGUCCUUGGCAGAAACGUUGAUGAUUCCGUCAGCGUCAAUGUCAAAGGUGACCUCGAUCUGUGGAACACCCUUUGGAGCUGGUGGAAUACCAGAAAGAGUGAAGUUACCAAUGAGCUUGUUGUCUCUAACAAGUUCUCUCUCACCUUGGAACACUCUGAUCUCGACAGAGGUCUGGCCAGAGGCAGCGGUGGAGAACACUUGCGACUUCUUGGUUGGGACAGUGGUGUUUCUUGGGAUCAAUCUGGUGAAGACACCACCCAAGGUCUCAAUACCGAGAGACAAUGGAGUAACGUCCAAAAGCAAAACGUCCUUGACCUCACCGGACAAGACAGCACCCUGAAUGGCAGCACCAAUGGCAACAGCCUCGUCUGGGUUCACAGCCUUGGAUGGCUCCUUACCAAAGAGAGACUUGACAGUGCUGACAACCUUUGGCAUUCUGGUCAUACCACCAACAAGAAUAACCUCGGAAACUUGGGAGGUGGACAAACCGGCAUCCUUCAAAGCCUUCUUGACAGGCUCGACGGUCUUCUUGAUCAAUGGCUCAACCAAUUGCUCGAGCUGGGAUCUGGACAUCUUCAAGUUGAUGUGCUUUGGACCAGAAGCAUCGGCAGUGAUGAAAGGAAGGUUGAUCUCGGUGGACACAGUGGAGGACAACUCGAUCUUGGCCUUCUCGGCAGCUUCUCUGAUUCUCUGGAUGGCCAUUCUGUCGUUUUGGAGGUCGAUACCAGACUCCUUCUUGAAGGCGUCAACAAUGUGUCUGACAAGAGCGAUAUCGAAAUCCUCACCACCCAAGUGGGUGUCACCGUUGGUGGACUUGACCUCGAAAACACCGUUGUCAAUGUCCAGGAUGGAGAUAUCGAAGGUACCUCCACCCAAGUCGAAGACGGCAACGACGUUGCUGUCGUCCUUCUCAAGACCGUAGGCAAGAGCGGCGGCGGUUGGCUCGUUGACAACUCUGGCAACGUUCAAACCAACAAUGGCACCGGCAUCCUUGGUGGCCUGUCUUUGGGAGUCGUUGAAGUAAGCUGGAACGGUAACGACGGCGUUCUUGGCUGGCUUUCCAAGGUAGGCCUCGGCAGUCUCCUUCAUCUUGUUGAGGACGAAACCUCCGAUCUGGGAUGGAGAGUAUUUCUCGCCUCUAGCCUCAACCCAGGCGUCACCGUUGGAGUGCUUGACGAUCUUGUAAGGAACCUGCUUCAGGUCUCUCUGGACCUCUUGGUCCUCGAAUCUUCUACCGAUCAGUCUCUUGGUAGCGAACAAGGUGUUCUCUGGGUUGACAACAGCUUGUCUCUUGGCUGGAAUACCAACGAGUCUCUCGCCGUCCUUGGUGAAAGCCACAACGGAAGGAGUGGUUCUGGAACCCUCGGCAUUCUCGAUGAUUCUUGGAGUCUUACCUUCCAUGACGGCAACGGCAGAGUUGGUGGUACCCAAAUCAAUACCGAUCACGGUACCACUGACCUUGGAAGAGUUGUAUCUCACUUGUUUGAGAGAAGACUGGGGGGUUAG